CACAGUUUUCGUCGGAUCAUUAACAGCGAUUGGCUUUUCUAGCGAGUUGCAUAUUGGUCUUUUAAGUUGCGGCCUUGUCAGCCUCCGUGUCGCGUCGUUUUAGCAGCGAGGCUCUUUCCAGAAUCAGCAAAGCGAGCUCGUGUACUGGUCAGUAAAUUGUCAACAGGAGCUGAGUGCCGUCGUCUACAGCCGGAGAGAAUUGUCGGCGUGGUUGUUCUUUUCCUCCUUAAAUUGUCAACAGAUUUGUUCUGUGAGUAGUAUAUUCGGAUAUCUCACUUUUUCAGGAGGUUUCGCUUCUCCACCAGGGCUGGAAACACCGAGGAGGCACUCUGGAGGAAUUGAGCAGAUUAGCGUGACAGAACGGGUUUGGCGGUAAUGUCUCUCCUCUACAAGAUCUAACGAACCGACGGCGAGGCAAAACAGAGCGAAGUCGUACCGAAGCAUUGAUCAUCCAAAGUAUAGCCAAUAUGGGAGGAGACGGUGGCUCUGUCCCUACGCGGGCGGACAUGGUGAAGACUAAAGGGUACAAGUUCUUGCGGAACUUGGGAGGCAUGGGCUACGUCCCGAAUACGCAAAUCCGCGAGGGCGAUGAACGGUUUGGCCGGAAUGAGUCGAGAGACUUACAACUUUCCACAUGUGCCCUCUCGCAGGAGCCGCUGCGGCCGCCGAUAGUGGCCUGCAGGUUGGGACGCCUCUACAGCAAAGAGGCAGUGUUGACCAAGCUAGUCGAAAAAGCACUUCCUCAGCACAUGAAACAUAUUACAUCCAUGAAGGACAUUAAGCAAUGCAAGACAGAGAUCAACGAGGCUACCAAGUUCCUGGUCUGCCCCAUUUCUCGCGUGGACAUCCGUAGUGGCAUAAAGGCAUCCAUUAUCUGGCCUUGUGGCUGCAUCAUUUCGGCAAAGGCGCUUAACGCAGCGGCGACCGUAGAGGCUCCAGCAAGCCAAUCCUUGUCUUCCACCUCAUCCGGCAGCGACAAGGCAUCUCGCGCAGCCACUCAGACACCAGGUGCAGAUCGGGAGGACUCCGGGAACGAUAAGGCUUCUGGAGAUGUCUGCGUUGGUCGGCGACUCUGUUUGAACUGCGGCCAACCGUAUGACCCGACUGAAGAUGUAAUACCUCUUCUGCCGACAGAAGAGGAACAAGAGAAACUGAAGGCUCGACUUGAGAAGCUUGCACAGGAUAAAGCAGCACAGAAGAAAGCCAAGAAACAACGUGAGUUGGCAGAUGCUGCUGCAGGGCGUGCGGGGUCGUCAAGCAGUAAAGUGUCAACAGCAGAGGUUUCGAAACCUGCCAUUCACCCGAUCAUUAUGGCCCCGUGUGCUACCAGUACGAAACUGCGGGCUGAUGCAUUCCGUGUGACAGCUAACGCAGAGACGAGCGAGAAGAAAAGUACUAAGAGGGGAAGAGACUGGGUGAUCAGUGGAAGCGCCACCGUCGAUGAUCUACUUGGAAACAUCAAGGUCCCACGCAAAGGGGAAACAAUAUCGGGACGGGCGCCUUCGGCAGUUGUGUAGUGCUGAUGAGAAAUCUUUAAGCCUUUUGAGGCAAACUGAUAAAGGCUUCUUCUUCGCUGUGAACGCAUUAUGAGCUUGCUUGAGUUGACCAACAAUCUGCAUGUUACUACUCUGACGGUGAUGAAUCAGUCAAAGACCUGUGGAAGUACCGCAGUUGCUUUUGGGGAAGUUUCAAGGAUGUGCUCACUCCGAACAGUCCGCGCCAGCAAUCAUAAGACAUGUAUUGCGUAGCGCAGAAGGGAAAACCGAGGUUCAAGGUAACCUGCGUUGAUGCAAAGAAAGUCGACCGCAGGUGAUAGCUUCUAUAGUUUGCCUUGGACGGAAUUAAGAAGCCACAGCCGCUUGCCUCAGUAUUGCGGUUGUCGCCUGCCCUGUCUCCGAAAUUCUGACACUCCGCGAUCAACGCUUGCUUGAUAGGGCCUGCUCAACAUGUCAGAGCCGGCACGACACUCGCUCAUGUUACACGGGUUUCUCCCACUGGACCCCCGAUUUCCAGAGCCCUCUUGGGGAAUGCGAGAAAAGCAUUUUAACUUGCACAACUGCAAUUCAGGGUUCAUUCUUGGCACAGAUAUCGAAACGUCCCCUGGUGUGCAGGUAGAGUAGCUGUUCGACAGAUUGUACUGUUUGAGUGGCGAGCUGUCGUCCACGGAAGGACUGUGGGCAAACGUCAUUGUACAGAUUUCACUGUUCACUAUUCGCCGUGCUUUGUGUCUUGCACGGAUGUGCAGGCUCUUCUCAGGUUGCGGGAUAUGUCGUGUUUCCGUAAAUAACACGAUCUAUGGCACAUGUGGUAAAUCUUUUCACAAUGUGGCAAGAUUCUUGACCGCUCAGAACAUCGAAGUGGCCG